AUGACAUGCUGGAUAGGGGAGAAAGCAUACCACGACUGCUAUCAGGCUGCCCUCUUCCAUAACAACCCCUACAGAUGGAUUGGAUCAUCCUAUGCCCCGGGUUCCACUAGUUAUAAUUCCAUAUCACGUCCUGAUGCGACUUGCUAUACUGGGGCUCUCCGACGAACAAUCUCCUUGAAUGCAAAAUUGAACUCAGAUGCACAGGCUGCCAUUGAUGCCAUUGAACCUGCAAUGAACAUAUGGCCAGAGGAACCAAAACCUGCAGGCAUGAAGGUGGACGCCACAUCAUCAAGCUCAAGAGAUUUGGAGGCACCAGCUAGCAGUAUCAAAAAUGCUAAAUCGUCCAGAUUCUCGGGCUUAAAGAAAACAUUAUCUAUUAUGUCACCUGAGGCUAGAGCAGCCGCCAAAGCAACAAAGGCAGCCUCUCAAAGAAUUGAGCUACGAAGUGCAAUCCUGACUGAGGAAAGCAGCCGGUGGCCAGAUGCAGAAUGGCGACAGAUUGUGGCCACUCAUCAAGCGAAAGUAGGCAUUACACAGAAUAUUGCUGAACUUCGCGCCCGUCAACCCAUCCAAUACCUUCAUCUCCUGAGAGCAGGUUAUUUUGAACCAAUUCCAGUAGCAUGGGCAGACAAUGCUUCAAAUCCUCUUAAAUUCACCAUUGACUCUGCAGCUGGAUGGAGAGGAAUAACGCCAGCCUGGCGGGGAUUUGAGGAUACUGCCGAGGAAAGGCUGUACUGGGUUCUGAAUCAUAGGCAAAGCCCCACGGGGCAGAGAAUGAAGCCUGAUAUUAUCUCCGCAAUGAACAUGGCUCUCUCUAGAAUGGCCUCUGCUGUUGAACCACCUCCUACAUAUUUUUCAAUCGAUGAUACCUGCCAUCUUCAACAUAAGUCAAAAGGCUACUAG